AUGAAGUUCCUGGUCGUGGCGUCAGCGUUGGUCGCGUCGGCGGCGGCGUCUCAGAGAUUCUUGGUUCCACAGUCGCUCUACUCCCACCCUUCGUCUGCCUCGCUCGACUCGUCCUCGUUCAGCCCUUCGACCUCCUCCUUCGCCGUCCCGUCCUUGCGGUCCCACAAGAAGAGCGCCUCCUCGCACAGCCACCCCGUGUACACGUCGCCCUCGCACAUCUCGUCCUCGUACAGCCCUCCGUCGCAUUCCCACGGCAAUGCUUUUUCCAGUUCCUUCUCCGGCCCUCCCUCCCUGUCGUACGGCGCACCGCCCUCGUCUGACUACGGCGCACCGCCCUCGUCCGACUACGGAGCACCGCCCUCUUCAAGCUACGGCGCCCCUGGCCUGGCCGGAGCGCCAUGCGGAGGAGGCAAGAUCAAGAACACGGACGGCAGCUGCGCGUUCCCGAAACUGACGAAGAACGUGUACGUGUUCACGUCGCCGGAGGUGAAGCACCCGUACGUACCCCCCCAGUCACUCCCACCGCCCGAGGUGGAGCACAACGUUGUGUUCAUCCGCACGCCCGACUCGGGCGGCCCGCCGGAGCCCAUCGUCAUCCCUCCGCCCCGCCAGGAAAACGUCGUAUACGUGCUCAGCAAGAAGGAGCAGGAGGCGCCCAAGGUCAUCGAGGUCCCCAGCGACGGCCCGCAGACACCCCAGGUGUACUACGUCAACUACGACGACGGCGACAACCCGAUCCUCCCCGGCGGCAUCGACCUGCAGAGCGCCCUCAGCGCGGCGGUCGACGGCGGCGGCCUGGCGAUCGACAGCGGGACCUACGGCCCCCCGGCGAGUUACUACGCCUAG